CCCGACUGACUCUGCUGCUCAGAUUCAUUGUUGGACUGUGAUAGAGUAACCACAAUUCGCUUCUUGGUUUGGUAAUUUUUAACUUUUUUAAAAUCCAAUAUGGCCUCUGUUUACACUGGCUACAGCGGCUAUACUGGCUACACCAAACCUCCCCAAACUUAUGCCGAUGGCUCCUACUACUACGAUGAAAAACGACCCCAGACCGAAUACUACCCGGACACCAUUUACGAAGAGAAGAAACGCCUUGACAUGAAAAAACGCCGCUCCGCAAUCUGUUGUGAAGUGGUCGCCUUGGUGAUCGGGUUCAUCGGUUUGAUCGGCGUCGCUGCGGUCACCGGUCUCCCGAUGUGGAAGGUCACUGCGUUCAUCGAGGAAAACAUCAUCGUCAUGGAAACACGUUGGGAAGGUCUGUGGAUGAACUGCUACCGUCAAGCCAACAUCCGAAUGCAGUGCAAGGUGUACGAUUCUUUGCUGUUUCUUCCGCCUGAUCUGCAAGCCGCCAGGGGUCUCAUGUGCGCCUCGGUGGCGGUGACGACCAUUGCGCUCAUCGUUUCGGCGGUUGGGAUGAAAUGCACCAAAACUAUCGACCACCACGCUCGCACCAAGCACGUCGUCUUAGUGGUAGGGGGUGCCUUGUUUUUACUGGGCUGCGUAACUACUUUGAUUCCCGUUUCUUGGACUGGACAUGUCAUCAUUAGAGAUUUCUACAAUCCUCUGCUCAUCGACGCCCAAAGGAGAGAGUUGGGUGAAGCGCUCUACAUUGGGUGGGUGACUUCAGCUUUGCUUUUUACCGCCGGGGUGAUCUUGCUUUGUCGCCACGCACCACGUACCCAAGAAGCAGAGGCCUUGAAAUACCAAGGGCAACCACCAGCUUACACCUACCAACCCUACACCUACCAACCAGGGUACCAACCUGGGUACCAACCGGCUUACAGCUACCAACCAGCCUACUCCGCUCCUCCACCCGGGUCUGUUGCCUACACCCCAACCCAGUACUGAAAUGGGUGAAAGUUAACCCACUCUAGAGACAAUAGACUCUUUUAAAGGACUUAUAUUACGCAAAAUUGACUAAAGUGAACUUUUAGUCAUGUUAGAAUUUUGUUACCUCUUCAAAAACAUACCUGGAGUUGUGUUUUGUUUCAUUAACACUCGUUUGAGUCCUUUAUUAGUAGUCUGUCUACAUCUCGAAAGCUUAAAACGGUCUAUUCCACCUUGUGAUGUCAUGAAGCAGUAGUUUUCAAGUCAACACCUACCUUUUAUGUUGUGUUUAGUAGAGCUUGUCAAAUUCAGGGGCUGAAAUUAUCCAAACGAUUCUAAUGAAAUUGUAGUUUGGAGUUUAAAAACACUGCAGAGCUCUUCCUAUAUUACCACGUGACAUCACAAGGUGGAAAAAAAGAGUAUUUUCAGUGUCUGAGAGCAAGAACUCAGCCUAAAUGUACAUGCAUGAAUGAAACAAAACACAACUCUAGGUAUGUUUUUUGACAAGGAAACAUUAUAACACAGAUCAGAAAAUAGAGUAAUAUGGGCCUUUUAACAAUGUGUGACAGGAGUGAGGCUGAAAAGUGGCCACAUUUUUACAGUUUUCUCAAAGAACGCCAAGUUUCACUGUGAAAAUUAUCAUUUGAAUAGUUGUAAAUACUGUUGAAUGAGUUUGACUGUGGUUGCUGGUUUGAGAGGUUUUUUUUAUGCACUAGGCCUAUUUCGGGCUCCGUAUCUGAUAAAUGUACUUUUUGUAUACAAAAUUUCCUUAAAGACAUGUGUUGAUUAAAGUUUUAAGUAUUUAAAAA